CGGUUACUCAUUAUCUGGUACUGGGGCUUGCGAGUCUUUCCCCCCAGUUCAUCACGGACUAUCUGCUGGUCAGAUUUCCACUGCAAGCUGCAGUGCACACGCUGAUAUAGAGCUCGAAAAGAGCCACGAUAUUUACUCAUUCUGUGUCGUCGUUCAAGGAUCCCUUCAAUCCGCCACACGCCAAAAAUUCUCUCUCGGACUCUUGUCUUCGAAAAUCAUGCGCGAGAAAAGCAUGCGUCGUCACUUUUCGCAUGGGCUGUUCGUUGUAGGCAUCUUCCUACUCCUGACUCUUCCCCAGGUGACGGCAUCGCCUUUGACCAUCCGCGCUGCUGGACCUUCGGCAGCAAACAAUAUUGAUCCUACUGCCAGUUCCGAAAUACCUCCACUCCCGGACGAAAUCUGGCCAGUCGAAUUCUUCCAGAGCAAAGACAACAGCUUAGCAAUUGUCAUCGAUCGUUUCUAUGGUUUCAAAGCACAGCACGAAGAUGGAAAAGUGAUAGAAUUCCGAUACCCAGAGACGAACGGCGUCCCACUCAUGGAUUUUGGGUAUUCAAUGCAUCCUUGGACCGGACACGACUUUGAUAACUGGUAUCAAGCGCAUGGGAUGAUUAUAAUGUUUGAUUCGCCACACAAUGGAUUUGAUUUUCCGACAAAGAUACUGUCACGUUUGGUCUUCGACGAUGAUGGCAGAGUCGAUGGCAUCCCUUGUUUGAUCAAGUUCCGACAAGGUGCCCGAAAGAAAUUGAAUGGAUGGAUAAAGGGAGCGACAAAGGGAAAAGGAAAGGAGACGGAGGUAAAGGGGGAGGAAGAGGUAAAGAGGGACAAGGAACGAGAGGCGAAUCGGAGGAAGAAAGAACAAGAAGGGAGGUCGAGGAUAAUACAGGCGAACAUAACUCGGAAAGAGAGGCUGUUGGAAAAUUCUGUGAGGGAUGCAAGGGACGCGGUUCAGCAGGCAGAAGGAGAUAUUCGGAAUAACCGGGACCCAUUGACUACCAUACAGAGGAAGAGGAGGUUGAAGCAGUUGAAGAAAGAGUUGAAGCAAAAAGAGUUCGCGCUGCAGUCUUUGAAGGAUUCAGAAACGAAAACUUUGGAAAAUUGUCGCAAGGUGCUAAGCUGCGCUGUGAUGUAGUUUUUUGUGACUUUGAUAUUCAAUUAGAACUAGAGUUCAAAACGUUCAAACGUUGAGCCUUUCAUUGACAUUAGCUUAG